AUGGCGAGCAGUAACAAUGGAGGCGGAGGAGGAGGAGAAGAUCAGCCGCCAACGGAAAUCGCGGAGCUUAGCAAAACCCUAAAAGACGGAGAGAGAAUUCUGGCGCCAACCCGACGACCUGAUGGUACGCUUCGCAAACCCAUCCGUAUUCGGGCUGGGUAUGUCCCCCAAGAGGAAGUCGCCAUUUACCAAUCCAAAGGUGCUUUGUGGAAAAAGGAGAUGUCCUCUCAGACUGGACCUCCAGGUUUUGAUGAUACUUCAGUGGAUACAACCAAACCUAAGACUAAGUCUGUAAAGAGGAAUGAAAGAAAAAAGGAGAAGCGGAUACAGGCUGCUCUUGAAAAGGAGAAAACCUCGGAAAGUGGGGAAACUAAGGAAGAGGAGGCACCUGUUGAAAAUCUAGGCCAUGCAUCAGAAUCUGUCAAGUCAUUGACAUCUCAGAUGAACGAGUUAGGUGUUUCUUCUAGUCCUGCUUUAGUUACACCUCCCUCUGACUCAACAGAGGAUUCGAAUCCAGGGGGCCCAGUUCAAGAUAUUGAUAAAAAAAUUCGAGCUCUUAAAAAGAAGAUUCGACUUGCCGAAGCUCAACAACAGAAAACUCAUCAGCAAGAUAAUAAGUUAGAGCAGCUGGACAAGUUGACAAAACUGGAAGGUUGGCAUAAGGAGCUAAAGCUUCUGGAGGAUAAAAAGAAGGCUGAGUUGACUGCAUCGUGA